GCCGCCGCCGCCGCCGCGCGUCCGCCAUCUUUUGGGGCCGCCAUACUUGCCCUGGCGAAGAAGAUGGCGGCGCCCAUCACACACAUAAAACAUGGCUUCCCUUCAAAACAAAAACAUCCCGGGGCCGGCGCGCGGCCGGCGCUCACCUGAGGACCACAUGGUGACCGAGAACUCGCCCUCCAGGGUCUUGAUCUGCACCUGCUUCUGCUCCCACUUCUUGUUGCCCGGGUCGGCGCCGCCGCCGCCCGCCGCGCCGGCCCCGCCGCUGAGGUAACUCUUCUUGCCGCUCUUCUUGCCGCCCCCCUUCUUGACGCGGCCGCCCCCCGACGACGAAGAGCCGCCGCCGCCGCUCUUGCCGGCCGCCGCCACGGUGACCAGCGUCUGCUCGAUGUAGUCGUCGUCGCCGCCGGCCGGCGCGGGCACCGGGAUGAGGAUCUGGUCCUCGAAGCCGUCCUCGGCGCGCAGCCCGUCCGAGUCGUCGCCGCCCACCACCUCCUCGCGCGUCUGCACCAGGAUCACCUCCUGGUGGUGGUGCACCUGGGUCGGGUCGUCGGUGACCAGCGGCUGCAGCGCGAUCAUGGGCGGGUGGUGGUGGUGGUGAUGGUGGUGGUGGUGGUGGUGGCCGGCGUGCCCGUGGCCGCCCCCGCCGCCGUGGUCGCCGCCGCCGCCGUCCUCGUCGUCGUCGUCGUCCUCCUCCUCCUCGCCCACCACCGUGGUCUCGAUGGUCUCCACCGGGAUGGUCUCCACCUCGAUCUCGUGCAGCUCCACGAUCUCGGCCGGCAUCUCCGAGCCGUCCGUGGCGAUGUAGAGGGUGUCGCCCGAGGCCAUGGCUGAGGGCUCCGCCGCCACGGCCGCGGCGGCCUCGGCUCCUGGGCUGCGGGCGGGCGGGCGAGGAGGCGGCCGGCCGUGGGGAAGGAAGGCAGAGGGAGGAAGGCGGCGAGCGGGCGGGGGGAGAGGGGGCGGGCGGCGGGGGGGAAGGGGCGGGCGCGGCGGCCGCGGCGGCGGCGGGACUUCCCCGCCUCCCUCGCCUCGGUGCGCCCGCGCUCGCUCGGCCGCGGCUCCUCCCGGCUCCCCGCCUCGCCUCGCCUCAGCCGCCCGCCCUGACCGCGCCUCCUCCCGCCCUCCGGGCCGGCGCCCCGCUUCCCCCUUCCUCCUUCGCCUCCGCCUCCUUCCACACAAAUACCAACUCCUCAACCCGAGCCCAGAUCUCGCCGCCGCCGCCGCCGCCACACUCCGCUCGGGCUCGGGCUCGCGAGAUUUCCGCGCUGGCCUCGGCCCGCCCCGCCCUACCUCACUCCCACUCGCUGGCUGGUCUUCAUGCUCCGCCCGCUCUGCCAAUGGAUCGGCCCCGCUUGCCGCCGAGGCCCCGCCCACUCAGCCGGGCUCUUCCUGCAUUGGGGCCGGCGGGGCAGGGGGGCGGGGCGGCCCUCACGCGCGCUGGCUGGCCGGGGCGCGUGACGUCAGCGCGUUGCCGCUGCCACCGCCUCCUCCCGCCGCUCUGCGACGUGCGGCUCCCGCCCUCCGCGGUGCAACAGCAACAAAACCCGCCGCCUCAGGCCCGGGCUGCACUCGGGAGCGGGGCGUCGCCGCCGCAGUCGCCGCCUCGGUAGCGGCGGCUAGCCAAUACCGGCAUCCGAACCCUUGAUCUUUAUUAUAACACCGCACUCUAACCAACUGAGCUAACCAGCCAGCCCGGUGUCCUGAUCUUUAAGAAAAUCAUGAAAAAUUGAAAACUUGGAAAGGCUAGAAAUCUGUGGUGAUCACCAGCAUCCUCAGCUUCCCAUGCUGCUUGUGUCUGAAAUGAAACGUCACCCUUGGAUCAACCUGCUUCUGUCUCUAUACUGCUGAAAUCCUGGGAUCUACUAGAGAAAACACCAUUUGUGUAUCGUGUCUCCCGUCAGUCUACCAGACAUCCUGUCA